AUGGGUAAGGCAGCGGAAGUGUUGAGAGCUGCCUGGCUGUUGUUUGGCAUGGCCUUGGCCCAGCGGCAAGUGGCAGUGCAGGAAGGGCCCCUCUACCGCACAGAGGGGUCCCACGUCACGCUGUGGUGCAAGGUGAGCGGCUACCAGGGCCCGGCGGAGCAGAACUUUCAGUGGUCCAUCUACCUGCCCUCUGCCCCCGAGCGGGAGGUGCAGAUUGUCAGCACCGUCGACCCCUCCUUCCCCUACGCCAUCUACACCCAGCGCGUGCGCAGCCGGGGGAUCUACGUGGAGCGGGUGCAGGGGGACGCCGUCCUGCUGCACAUCACCGAGCUGCAGGACCGGGAUGCUGGGGAGUACGAGUGCCACACGCCCAACACCGACGAGAGGUACUUUGGGAGUUACAGCGCCAAGAUGAACCUCGUGGUGAUCCCCGACUCGCUGAGAGUGACGGCGAUCCCGCAAACACUGAACAAAGUGGAACGCGACUCCCUGGAGCUGAAGUGUGAGGUGUCUAAGAGCACAGCCCAGCACAGCCAUGUCUCCAUCGCCUGGUACCGGCAACGAAGCAGCGAGGCACCAGUGGAGGUCAUCUCCCUCAGCCGUGACUUCGUCCUGCGAGCUGGCAGUGCCUACGCCCAGCGGCAAGCCACAGGGGACGUUCGCUUGGACAAAGUUGGGGAGACCACCUCAAAGCUCACCAUCUACAACCUCCACCCAUCAGAUCAGGGUGAGUUUUACUGUGAGGCAGCGGAGUGGAUCCAGGACCCAGACAAGACUUGGUAUGCCAUGACCCGCAAGCGUUCCCAGGGUGCCAUCAUCAACGUGCAAGCCACCGAUAAGGAAUUCAGUGUCCGGCUGGAGACAGAGAAGCGUACAUACAUUGUGGGUGAGCCGGUGGAGUUCCGAUGCAUCCUGGAGGCACAGAACGUCCCUGACCGCUACUUCUCCAUCUCCUGGGCCUUCAACAGCUCCCUCAUCGCUAGCCUGGGACCCAACGCCGUGCCGGUGCUCAACAAUGAGUUUGCCCAGCGCGAGACGCUGGGCCAGCUCAAGGUAGCCAAAGAAAGUGACAACGUUUUCGUGCUGAAGAUCUACCGCCUCCGCCUUGAGGACAGUGGCAAGUACAACUGCCGUGUGACUGAGCGAGAGAAGACCGUGACGGGGGACUUCAUCGACAAGGAGAGCAAGCGGCCAAAGAACAUCCCCAUCACUGUCCUGCCGCUCAAGACCAGCAUCUCCUUGGAGAUUAUCAACAACGCCAGCAAUGUCUUGGAGGGGGAGAGCCUGCGCUUUGGCUGCAGCGUGCGCUCAGGCUUUGGGCCCCAAAGCCGCUUCUCCGUCGCCUGGCAGCUGGUGGACAAGCUGAACCGGCGCAGCGAAAUUGUGCGUCUGGAUCGGGAGGGCACCCUGCAGCCGGGCCCCUCGUACGCCGAGCGCAGCAGCUACGGGGGCAUCCAGGUGGAGCAGGUCCGGCCCGGCUCCUUCACCUUGGAGAUCUUCAACAGUGUCAAGGCGGAUGAGGGCCACUACGAAUGCCGGGUGGCCGAGUGGACGCGGACGCUGGAUGGGGAGUGGCAGAUGGUUGGGGAGCGGCACGCGGGCACCCCGGUGUCCAUCACUGCUCUGGAGGCUGGAUUUGCUGUCACAGCUAUCUCCCGCACCCCUGGGGUGACCUACAAUGAGUCCUUCGAUCUCCAGUGCAUCAUCAAGCCCCACUACCCAUCAUGGGUGCCAGUGUCGGUGACGUGGCGUUUCCAGCCAGCAGGCAGCACUGAGUUUCACGACCUGGUCACCUUCACGCGCGAUGGCGGGGUCCAGUGGGGUGACAGGUACAUGGGUUUCCGGACCCGCACCGCUAUCGAGAAGGCUGAGUCCAGCAACAACGUGCGUCUGAGCAUCAGCAGGGCGAGCGACACGGAGGCCGGCAAGUACCAGUGCGUGGCUGAGCUCUGGAGGAAGAACUAUAACAGCAGCUGGACACGGCUGGCAGACAGGACCUCCAACCUGCUGGAAAUCAGGGUCCUGCGGCCAGUGACGAAGCUGCAGGUGAGCAAGUCGAAGCGGAGCAUCACUCUGGUGGAGAACCGGCCCAUUCCCCUCAACUGCUCCGUGAAAUCCCAGACCAGCCCCGACUCGCACUUUGCCGUGCUGUGGUACGUCCACAAGCCCUCUGACGCCGACGGCAAGCUCAUCCUGAAGACCACCCACAGCUCGGCCUUUGAGUACGGCACCUACGCGGAGGAGGAGGGGCUGCGGGGCCGGCUGCAGUUCGAGCGCUCGGCGUCGGGGGGGCUCUUCAGCCUGACGGUGCAGCGGGCAGAGGUCCGAGACAGCGGCAGAGUGGAGGAGUGGCUGCUCAGCCCCAACCACGCCUGGUACAAGCUGGCAGAGGAGGUGUCAGGGCGGACGGAGGUCACCGUCAAGCAGCCAGAUAACCGCCUGCAGGUGAACCAGACCCACAAGAACAUCACAGUGCUGGAGAACCAGUGGGUGACCCUGGAGUGCCUGAUCAGCAGCCGGACCAGCCCCUCGUCCCAGCUCUCGGUGGAGUGGUAUGUCUGGCGGCCAGGCCACCCGGAGAAGGAGGCAGUGGCUCGGCUGAGCCGACAGAGCACCCUGCGCUAUGGCGACCUGGCAGCGCUGGGCGACCUGCGGAGCCGGCUGCACCUGGAGAGCCCGUCCCCGGGUCUCUACCUCCUCUCCAUCCAAAACGCUACCGUGCGGGACAGCGGGGCAUACAACUGCCGCGUGGAGGAGUGGCUUCUCGACCCCAGUGACCGCUGGUACAAGCGGGCAGAGGACCUUUCCGGACUCAUCACCCUCACUGUCAAGCAGCCAGAUCCCACCUUGCAGGUGGACACGGCCACCGCCAACCUCACAGUGCAGGAGAAGGAGUCCUUCCCACUGGACUGCAGCAUCCUGUCCCGCUCCAGCCCAGAGUCCCACUUUGCGGUGACGUGGUACAACCUGCGGGCCAAAGAGGCGGCGGGCAGCCACACAGAGGAGGAGGAGGAGGAAGAGGAGGAGGAGAGGGAGGCGGUGCUGAGCGUGGGCCCCGACGCCAUCUUCAGCCCCGAGGCUGAUCGCUGGGAGGGCCGCCUGCGCUUCCAGAGGCUCUCGGCGGUGCUUUUCCGGCUGACGGUGCUGCAGGCCAGUGGUGCUGACACGGGUAACUACUCAUGUCGUGUAGAGGAGUGGCUGGCGGACCCCAACGGCGUGUGGUACCGGCUGGCAGAGGAGGAGUCGGGGACGGUCGCUGUUCACGUGCAGGAUGCAGGCUCCACCCUGCAGUCUGUCAUCUGUUCCAACGAUGCCCUCUUCUACUUUGUGUUCUUCUACCCCUUCCCCAUCUUUGGCAUCUUGAUCAUCACCAUCCUCCUGGUGCGGUUCAAGAGCAGAAACUCCAGCAAGAACUCAGAGGGCAAGAACGGGGUCCCCUUGCUGUGGAUCAAAGAGCCUCACCUCAACUAUUCUCCCACUUGCCUUGAGCCGCCAGUCCUCAGCAUCCACCCAGGAACCAUAGACUAA